AACGCUGGCUUGACCAGACGCGUCUCACGGAAGUUGCCGAGCGCGACCGACAGAUUGCGAAAGCGGAGCCUCAGAAACAACAACGGUCGGGCCCUUCCUCAAGGAAGAUCUGUGUGCUGUGAUUUAUCACUAAGGGGGCCAAAACACGCGCAACAACGGACAACCCCACAGGACCGGGGGGUGCUUCUCGUGUCUCGGGAGGAAGGUCAGGGUCCACAAAGUUACCUUGGCAGUAACGCAAAAAUAUAAAAAAAAUAUAUAAAAAAAAACGCGAGAAAGCGAUUACUUAUUACGUCCGCACAAAUCGUUGCGUUGCUACUUGUGACACUGACAUUAGAAAAAUUCGAUGCCUUCCAGGGACGAUAUUCGCUCCCUAUCCACUGAGCAACGCUGGAUCCCUCCUUCAACUGUUAGACGCGAUGCACUCACCCCAGAAAGCCGAAAUGAUCUCAUCUUUAGAAAGGUGCGGGGUAUUCUUAACAAGCUCACACCGGAAAAAUUCGCAAAGCUGAGCAACGACCUGCUCAACGUUGAGCUUAAUUCCCAUGUGAUUCUCAAGGGUGUUAUUUUCUUGAUCUUCGAAAAAGCACUUGAUGAACCCAAGUACAGUUCUAUGUACGCACGGCUGUGCAAACAGCUGUCUGACGAAGCCGCAAACUUUGAACCCCGUAAACCGAUCGAUGAAAGUCAAAAAGGCCAGAGCACAUUCAGAGUUCUUUUACUUAACAAGUGCAAAGACGAGUUCGAAAAUCGUUCAAAAGCAAGCGAGGCAUUCGAGAAUCAAGAUGAGCUUGGUCCCGAAGAAGAAGAGCGCCGGCAGGUGGCCAAGCGCAAGAUGCUUGGUAACAUCAAGUUCAUUGGGGAGCUCGGCAAGCUGGGCAUCGUGUCGGAGCCGAUUUUACAUCGUUGCAUCCAGCAGUUGCUGGAGAAGAAAAGGCGAGGGGGAUCCCGGGGGGACGCCGCGGAGGAUAUCGAGUGCCUCUGCCAGAUUAUGCGUACCUGCGGCCGUAUCCUUGACUCGGAUAAGGGCCGCGGACUCAUGGAUCAAUACUUCAAACGUAUGAACUCUCUGGCAGAGAGUAGGGAUCUUCCUCUACGCAUCAAAUUCAUGCUGCGUGAUGUGAUUGAGUUACGCCGUGAUGAUUGGAAACCGCGCAAGGCCACGAGCACCGAAGGCCCGAUGCCGAUUAAUCAGAUCCGCAACGACAACGAGGAGCCAUCGCGGGGAAACGGUUUCCACAGAGGACGAGAGGAUCGCCUCGGUGCGGAGUUUUUACGAAAAAUGGGACGAGGCGGAUUAGACGUGGAGAUGAUGGGAAGUAUACCACUGACUUCCCCUUCAUUCGGUAUGCCACCACCACCAUUCAGUCCGAAUGGAUUCGCAGGGACUCCUGGUGUUGGUUAUGGCCGACAUAAUCAACGUAAUCAGCCAGGAGCAGGCUACUAUCAAAACCAGAGUCGUCAUCAGAACAAUUACGAAGGAAAACGCAACCAACCGCAACAUAAUUUGCCGCAAAACUUUAACAACAACAGCAAUAAAGAGCAACUUCGAUUCAACAAGAAUAAGAUGCUGAUCGGAGGACAUCCGGAAGAAGUAUCUCUAAGACCGUCAGCCAAUUCAAUGAUGUUUAAACAAACUAACAUCAACUUGAACCUACCUCUCAACAAUGAUUUGUUCCCAGGACGGGGCUCAGACAUGCCUCUCUUGCGUGCUACCGCUCUGAAGCCCAGCUCGCCUUUACUGCACAAAGAGACACCACCUGCUAUCGUGAUCAAACAAGGUCCUGUAGACAAACGGGAGAAGGCUAGGGACAGAAAGGACAAAGGACCGACACGAGAGGAAGUGUUGAAGAAAGUGAAUGCCUUAAUGGACGACCUCGUGUCCCACACAAAUGUGCAAGAUGCUCUGGCAGCUUUCAAAGAUCUUAAGAUACCCGAACGAUUUUUGCGUCACGCGAUCUGCGCGAUGUACGCGACCACGUUGGAUCGUGGAGACUCAGAACGUGAACUCGCUGCCAAAUUCGUGGUUGAAUUGAAAAAGGAGAACUUGCUUACUCUGCAGCAAGUGAACGAGGGAUGGAAGGAAUUAGUGGCCAGUAUUUCGGAGAAGGAGAGUACCGUGCCUUUGGUAGCGUCCCACGUUGCCUUUCUGACAGCUAAGGCCAUAGUGGACAAUUUAAUCCAAUUGACGGAUCUCGCCUCGGAAACAGAAAAUGGACGUCAUCAUCCGCUUUUCUUACUGACCCUACAGCAACUCCACAAGACCCAGGGUAAGGCGAGACUCACGCAGAUCUUCAACGAUAGCAAGGUGGAUCUUAUCAGUCAACUGCCAGAAGCUGAGAAGACGAAGGAACGUUUGGGCGAGAUCUUGGAAGAUCGGGAGUUGACUUUCCUGUAUCCUCUUCUCAGAAUCCAGGGUGAUAUGUGGCGUCAAUUAGAAGCUGAUCCGGCGCCCAACGCUCUUUACAAAUGGAUCAAGGAGAAGCUGGAUCCCCAACAUCAUUCUGAUCCCGCAUUCAUCAAUGCUAUGAUGAAUGUACUUUUCAAGUACAUCACUGGGGAGAUAACAUUGGCGCCCGGUAUUGAUCCGACCGUAAAUCCAGACAAACAACUGCAAGAGAAGGAAAGUGCGUUACUGCAGAAAUAUGCACGCUUCAUUCGCACAUUCCUGACUACCAUCGACUCACAAGUUACGGCUCUUCAUGCGCUUCAAGUGUUCUGCUUCUCGCACAACUUUCCAAAAGGGCUGCUGCUACGAUGGUUCAUAGCACUCUACAACCUUGAAGUCAUCGAAGAGGAAGCAUACCACAAGUGGAGAGACACCGUUACUGAUGCUUAUCCGGGCAAGGGCAAGGCAUUAUUCCAGGUAAACUCCUGGUUAACCUGGCUUGCUGAGGCAUCAGAAGAAGAGGAGGAGGACGACGAGGAUGAAAAGAAUUAAUCACAAGAGCCUCGAGAGCGUUAUUCAGACUACCUAUGAUUUGGAAUAGAGUUUUACUAUCAACUAUAUCGCUGAACCACAGGAGGUGUUUCAGUUUUACUAAUUGAGUUAUCACCAUCCAGAAUUGCAAACAUCUUGUUAGUCUGACUCAAGCCCUCACGCGUGGUUGGAAAAAAAACGGACUUUACAAUCGUGUCUGAAAAGGAAUAAGAUAGUUUGUAGUCAACGAGUGGUAUACGACAGACGUUUCAGGCAAGACGUUUUAGAAUUUUUUUUAGAUAAUUAAAUAUCGGUAUAAUUUAUAAAAUAUAAUAUUGGGCCAGCAGAUAUAAUCAAGAUACUACGCCACUGUAUGGUCGUCGGUACAGAAUGCAAAAAAAAAAAGAAAAAAGAAAAGCACGAGAAAAUUAAUCUGGUCAAUUCUUGUGUUGUCCGAGUUUUUGUCUAGUAUUGUGCAUGUGUCACGUUUUGUAAGUAUCUUUUUGUUCGCGGCAAUAAGUAGAGUCGUUUGUUAUCUCUGUGUACCAAGCAUUACAUUUAUUACAAGGAAUUAUUAUUAUGGUUAUUACCGAUUAUUAUUAUUAUACAUAAUGAUUAUCAAUAACCGAGUUAUAUCUACAACUUUCUAACGAAGACGAGGAAAGGAAAAAGAAAAAAAAACUUACGUCGAAAUUUAUCGGAAACGAAGGGCCGACACUCGGUAGUGUAUCGUAAACAGUGAAGCACUUUCUUUUCGAUGCAGGAAUGAAAUCCUUAGAUCGCAGUCUAGAUACACCAAGUGCGAGCGUUAGAACACCCAUGUUUGCCCGUGUAUCUACUUGCUGCGCCAUUUGAUUUUACUAAGUACUAAUUAAUUACAGUUAUAAUAACAACCAGCAGCCAACAUCACAUCCAUUUAAACGUAAUAAUUAGCGAACACUAGUGACACGACUAAAACUCGUAUUUAAAAGGAAAAAAACGAAUAAAAUAUGCCUUGGUGUAAUUUAUUACAGAUGGCCCUCUGGUUGUUGCGUUGAUGACCGAUCACCAUCACCACCACCGCACCUCACCCUCACCCUCACCUCACCUCACCUCACCUCAGCACACAUUUCCCACCUUGUACAUGCAACGGUUUUUGAUAUCUCGCUCGAUCAUUAAUGAGAUCAAUGCGCGCGAAUCGUCGUCGCGCGUAUUGAUCAAGACGAAUGGAUGGAGAACAAGAUGUGUAUCUUCCGUACCAGAUCGCCGAGUACGAUCGCGGUCGUAUAAUUCUCAAACCGGCUCAAGACGCCAGUAAUUACGAGAGCUCCGUGCAAUAAUAUAUUACGUCUAACUCUCGCUCGAUCGUUUUCUCCUUUCUUCGUUCGAAAUGGAGACACCUAGCUCCUAUACUUUUAGCGCCUUUCAUUUGCUUCCGUAGUAAUCGGCUAGUGUCCCUGUCGCCGAAUCUGUAAAACUAGCGUGUAGAAAUUGAGAAUAACCGACGCCGAGGAAAUUGGGUUUUGUUGUCGUUAUAAGAUAUUGUACAUAUUGUAUUCCUGAUUGUUUCAUUUCUCUUCUAUAUAACUUUUAUCGUCGGCGUCUUUUUCAAUAAAAAUAAAUGAAUAAGAAUACAGGCAAUCGGAGCGUUGAUCCUCGGUUAAGCCUCGUGUCUCCGUUACUUCAUCCGAAUAUGCCAUACUGUCAUGCAUCAUUCACGAGCCAGUUUUGACGACAGCACUCGGAUACACGCGCGUUGAAUGCGAUCGAGCCAGGAUUUUUUCCUUCGCGACCGAAGCGACGGUGUAACAAGUAGAUCGUAACGCGACGACACUUUUGUCGGCAAGGGAUUAGCGAUAGGAAUGGUAGCGUCCCCGUUUUUACCCGAUCCGAGGAAUAUUAAGUACGCUCGGAUCCCGCAAUCAUAGCGGCUUCGAAUGACGCGUGCCGACCACAUCCUCGCUGCGAGGAACCUGCGGGGACCGUUCCGGUCGUUCCCUCGCACGUGACAGAAUAAAGAAGAAAGAUGUUUGUAACGCUAUUGUAAUAAUUAGCGGACAUUCGCUAUAUAUGUUUCCCGUCGACCAACGUUCGCGUUUGCCGAAUUACAGCGCAUCUAUGCGGAUACAUCUCGCUUCCGUUUCGCGAGCGAGCGAGCGCGUGUGUGUAUGUACGGGUGUGUAUGCGUGCGUGUACUUGGACUUUGUUAAUUUACUCUCCCACGCAUAAAUUACAGCUCGGUCGAACGUACGCCACACCAACGAUUGGUCCAUGUGUAACGUGUCUCAGUAUUAUUUCGCAGACGAUCGAACCACGUUACGUAAAAUCUUAGCGUGUUUCCGUUCCUCCCUCCUCCCGCUGGAUAUUAAAACCGAUGAGAAAAAAAAUACCGCAUCCAUUAUCUCUGUCAAUAAAAACUGUUCCUAGGAC